CAGAUGGACUUUAUCAGGACGGGAGGGGGAAAUAAUACACGACAUCCAUCUGCUCGAUAUCGACGAUAAUAAACAACGCGAGAGUUCGCAAGUUGCCUCAGGAGUGUGCAGCAGUCGCAACUGUCAAAAGGUGGAGCGUGGAGACGCGCAUGACCCGACACACAUUACUGUAAUACUGUACACGGCCGCCGAGAUAAUAUCCGUAUCAAAAAAACAAAACACCCCCCGAAAUAAUCCAGAGGUGAGGAGCCGAGGAGCCGAGGAGGAGCCGAUUCUUCCUCUCGCCCGAUCGUCUUCUUUCCCUCCGCCCGACUGUGUCGCAGCAGCCGCCGACAUCACCGCACUAAACAUAUUUCAUCUCCGGCCGGCGCGAGGACUUUUUCUUUUUUUUUUUCUUCUAUUUUUUUUUUUUUUUUUUUUUUCAUACUCCUCCUUCGUAAUAAAGUCGCCAUUUUGCUUCAGUGCCUAUAUAAAACCACCCCGUGUUCUGAUAUCGGUUCCCUCGCGGACGAGCCGCGGACACCGCCUCUCCCUCCCCCCCUCUCUCCGUCGCCCCCCCGCCGGCUGGUGGCUCGUCACGUUCGCGGAGCGCUCGGACCAGAAGCCCGGAGGAGGAAGAAGCGCCUCGUGGUUCACACGUUAACGCAGGAGAGCGGCGGGAGGAGGGGGCGGAGGAGGAGGAGGAGGAGGGGGGGCACGGCGACUGGGAACCGGGAAUGAGGUGAAAGUGUCCUGGAUUGAUUUUUUUUCUUCUUCUUCUUCUUCUUCUUCUUCUCACGUGCGGACCACAUUGGCGUUGCUUUUCAUUCCUGCCUGCACUGCCGCUGCUCGCCCCCCCCCCCCCGCCGCCCCACAAGCUUCCACCUCGUCGUCGGUCGCAGAGUCGGGGGGCUGACGGGACGACGGUGACGACUGUCCACUUCCUCCUCUCCGCCCCCGGUCGCGCUGACCGGUCGUUGACGCACAGCAGGUGUGAUUGCCAUGUAACAAAACAUUGGUGGAAAACCGCCCACUAAGGUGCCUGUCUCCUGACCCCCCUCCUCCUCCCGUCCUCCUCCGCCCCUGCCUCACGUGGGUGACCCGGGGCCACCCGGCCCCCGAGUGCUGGGCGACUGUCCGACAGUUCAGGCAUGGAGAGCCCCAGUGGCCCCAGGCUUGGGAAGCUGUCCUCAUCAGGGCUGGCAAAGGGCCGGACUCCCAGGCAUGGACAUCCCCAGGAGCCCGUCAGAUCCACGCCGGUCCCCGAAAACAACAACAACAGACAUAGUCCAAUGUGUGAUGAGCCAGCAGAAGGGAAGAGGAAAGGUCGUCCCAAAGCAGAAGUGCAGGAGUUGAGAAGCAUCCCUGCCCAUAUGAUAGUACAAUGGAAGGAAGAGUUUAAGCGCCGCUCCAGGGUUAAGUGUCCGCGUUCAGGCUGCUGGUUAGAGUUUCCCAGCAUCUAUGGCGUCAAGUACCACUAUCAACGCUGCCAUGGGGCCACCGUAGCCGAGAAGCUGAGUCAUGGCUGUCCCUACUGUGAGGCCGUGUUUGCCACAAAGGUCCGCCUGGACAAGCACAAGCUGUGGAACCACCCCGACAGGCAUACUAUGGAGCCCAGGGAUGAGCUGCCUAAACUUCUAAAGACUCCUGUCAAGUCCAACACCAAGAAAAGGCCCAUAGAGAACAGGCCCCCCUCUCCUGUCUUCUUCAAAGUGAAAAAGACCCACGACGUGUCCACGCCCUCUCAGAACGGGGAGCUGGCCCACCAGAGGAGUGAGAGGAAACCGCACAGCCACGGGCAGCCUUCACAGCAGAUUCACCAGUCCCAGCCAGUCUUUCCUCAGUCCCAGCAGUCGCAGUCCCAGAGCACAUCGUCUGAUGCAGAGGGCAGUGACAGUGACGAGGGGAGUCUUCCCCCUUGUUUCCCUGACGAAGACCCAGAACGGAUGAGGCACAAGCCAGGACGGAAGCAGAAAACACCUAAGAAGUUCACUGGAGAGCAGCCGUCUAUAUCUGGAACCUUUGGAUUGAAAGGUAUGACUAAGGUGGAGGAGAAGUUGAAGGCAGGUCGUGCAAAGAAACCAGAGGGGAGUGGGUUCAGUGAGGAGCCGCAGAGAAGACCUACUCCAAGUCAGUCUACCAAGAAAGACCCAGCCACAACAAGUUCUGGUGAAAACUUAUGUCAAGGUGGUGUUCCUGACACCCAAUGGCAGCGAGCAAUCUCAGAGCGCGGUGAAGUCGUGUGUCCCACCUGCUCCAUCGUCACCAGGAAAACCAUCCACGGCCUCAAGAAACACAUGGAGAUUUGCCAGAAGCUCCAGGAUGCCCUGAAGUGCCAGCAGUGCCACAAACAGUUCAGAUCCAAGGCCGGCCUCAACUACCACACCAUGGCUGAACACAGCACCAAGCCCUCAGGGAGCGAAGGCCAGACGGGAGAUGAGCAUGAGGAGAGAGAAAGGCUGCGCCGAGUUCUCAAACAGAUGGGACGAAUCAAGUGUCCUAGUGAGGGCUGCUCAGCCCACUUUUCCAGUCUGAUGGGCUACCAGUACCACCAGAAGCGUUGUGGAGGAGAGUUCUCUGAUGAUGAGAAGCCUGUGUUUCUGUGCCAGCACUGUGGAAAAAGCUACCGUUCCAAGGCUGGCAGAGACUACCACGUGCGUACCGAACACCCCCCAACCAUCACCACCAUGACCGCCACCGCUAACAACAACAACAACAACAAGGACAGUAUAACUGACACCAACAACAACACCGGCAAAGAGAGGGUCUUCUCUGAGGAGUCUCCAUCGGGAGGCAAGAAGGAGCAGAGCCAGUCUGAGAAGACAGACCGGCAGGAGAAGGUACCCUCCGCCCAGGCAAAGGAGAAGCAAAGGGAAGCCAGGCAGAAAGACCGGGAAAAGGAGAGGGAACGAGACAAUGGAAAAGCAGCACAGAAAGAGAGCCACGGGGAGGACUUUGAACGGACACCCAGUGGCAGAGUGAGGCGCCGGUCAGCUCAGGUAGCAGUGUUCCACCUGCAGGAGAUAGCAGAGGAUGAGCUGGCCAAAGACUGGGGCACUAAGCGGCGCAUCAAGGAUGACCUGGUGCCUGACAGCAAGAGGUUAAACUACACACGCCCUGGACUCCCCAACUUCAGUCCAGAGCUACUAGAGACCUGGAAGAACCAAGUCAAGGAGAAGGGCUUCAUCUGCUGCAUCAAUGAAAACUGUGAAGCUGUAUAUUCUAGUGUGUCAGGACUAAAAGCCCACCUCGCCAACUGCAGCCAGAGCGGUGGAGAACUGGGGAAGUACACCUGUCUGAUCUGUCAGAAAGAGUUUAGUUCGGAGAGCGGUGUGAAGUACCACAUCAGCAAGACACACUCACAGAACUGGUUUCGUGCAGCAGCCACUCAAGUGGUCUCCAGUAGCAAGAGUAAAGCACCGGAGGAUAAUGGGAUUAAAGCUGAGGUGAGAAACUGUCCCACCAUCGGUAAGAAGAGGGGCCGCAAGCCCAAAGAGCGUCCGUCUGUGAUUGCGCCUCCUCAAAUAAACACUGAAGCACCUGCCGCCACUCUAUGUUCAACCCCUGCAGUGACUCCCUCCUUGGUCCCAACACAAUCUCCGACCUUGUUCCCCGACCCAGUGGACAAUGCUAAUUCAGGCCAAAACAGACAGCUCAACCCCUCCGCUGCCAGACGAAGCAAACCCAAGAGGCUGUCAUUAUCCGAGUAGCUCUGCUUUUUGUUUGACCCAGGAGCCAGAGAGGAUGCGUACAGUAAAUGUUAAUGCCGGGAAGCUAAAAGACCUUUCUAACCCCACAAGGACUUGGCACAGAGAAGAAAGUUAAAUCAGCCAUUAAGAAGUAAAACACAACCUUGAUUUUGAAAACCCCAGAGUAAAUGUGUCUAUUGUUAUAAACAAUGUAACAGUAGUGUUUCAUUUCUCCAUUCCACUUUUAUCUCGUUGUCAUGGCACACAUUUCAGCUUCUGUACUCACAGCAGGGGUGUCAGUAGUGAUCAAAGAUGAAACCUGACUUCUAAAUGGAUAGCAUUUUCUAAACAGAGGUAUUCCUAACAAAUGAAGAGUAAUUCUCUAUCUACAAGAUUCAUGUUAUGUUUGAGAGGUUUUAAAUAAGAUAUUCUAUUAGCAUGGUGAAGUCAUUUAAUGAUAGCUACUGUUUUCACAUUUUUUUCACAGAUAUACUGUACUGUGUACAUAAAUAAUAUCUAUAUCUAUAUAUCUAUAUACUCAAAGCAAUGAUGCCAUCUAUCUUUUUCGAGCCUGACACGUCCAAUUGGAUCAUGAGCAGUCAGAACUUUUGCAGUGUGUGCUGUAGUGCAAUGUCGUUUUGAACUUGAUUCAUUAAUGUCUUUCUAGUUUUACUUUUUAUUAUUUUAAUUUUGUUUUAAUUUUCAUGUUUCAACUAAGCAAGUGUCAUAUAAGCUAAAAUGUUGUGAAUCAUGUUCUGCUCCAUUUCUCCCACAGCUAUGUGAGUGUCACAUGAGCGACACUGGUUUUAUUUUAUCUGCAUCACGUGACAGUGGAAGGUAUCUGCUUUGACAGACAUAGCUGCGUGUCCACAGUUCUUUUUACACUGAGGUUAAUAAGCAGAAACUCCAACAGUGAUGUUUUAGAUUUCCAUCUGUAAGGUAUGAGUGAGUUACAUUAACACUUAAUAUGGCCUUGUUUAAUUGAUUUUAAACAAGAAAAAACUUGAAUUAUCUGUCUGAAAUAGGACUGGCAAAGCUAAAUGUUGGACAGAAAUUGGAAUUGUGUGUGAAGCUUGUUGCACCAUUGCAGCACAAUCAAAUGAUAUGACACCAUGUUAAAGAAAGCCACAUUUUGGCUACUGCUUUAGCUUGAGUCGAGGAACCGAGGAGAUAAUGAAAAUACUAUCUUUUAUAGAGGCUGAGGGGAAAAGAGAACUUUUAUUAAACAGAAAAAAUUGCAAAUGAAGAUUCACCUUAAAUUGUAUAUGAAUUAAUUCCUGGAUGCUCAAAGUUAUUGCCUUGCACUUUAACCCUUCUCACUCCCCUCUUGUAUUUUUGCACUCCAGGAGUAUACAACUUGGCCUAGCGGCUGUCAGGUACAAGAGCGGGAAUAUUUUAUCUCUGAUGAGAAAUAAACAAGGAAAAACUGAAUUUGUCUUGACGUGGGUAAUGAGCAGCGUGGUUAACUCUUGCUAUUCCGGUUGUGUAAUCCAACAUGGCUGUCUAAUUGUGACUCACCAUGUAAAGCCAUAACUGGUCUUGUUGAUUUAAGGCUGCUCAAGCACUUAAUGUUGGUUUAGCUUGAGAUAAUAAAAAAAGACGUAAUCCAAUAUUAUUAAAUUAUCUUCCAAUCUAAAAUGUGUGCAAUCAGAGAAUAUUUUCACUUAAGCAUAUUUAAAGUCGAUACUUGAACCAAAAGUUAUAUUAACAAUUUGAGCAAAUGAAAAAAAAUAUUUGAUUAUAUUUGCAGUCUAUGGUCAUAAAAAUGACUCGCGUACUUAAAGUAAGACAGAUCUAUUUUAUAUUCUCGUGUGUGCAUUACAUAGGUAGCAGUCUAAAAGCUUUGGGUGAAGUUGUGGCGUGAGGAUAUUUCCUGGUGAGAUAAGGGUGCUUUACUUGCCACUCUACCUUAAGGACCUGAUACAACUCAGUUCCAGUCCAUCGAUCCAUCCUUCCAUUUCUCUUUACUGGCAAGUCCUCCAAAUUUUGCACCAACAAAUGUCAAUGUCGUCAUUUUAAAUCAAGCACUGAUGUCAGAUGAACGUUUUCACGAAACAUUGAAUUUGAAAUUUAUCUUUGUGCCCCCCCCCCCCCACGCGUGACCUUUUAUAUUGUUAAGCAAAGAUUUGAGCUGAAUUGCUCCAUUAUUAAUCAACUGAUGGAGCUUAUUCCCGUGGGGGUAAUAUGCAUGUGUCUGUGUGUGGUAGUGGGAUGGACGUUUAUCAUCUAUCCAGGUUCAACAGACGAAGAGAAGCAAGACGAGCACUGAUCGGUCCUCUGACCUUUUCAAUAUGAGUAGUCCAGUGUGUGUGCGUGCGUGCGUGCGCGUGUGUGUGUGUGUGUGUGUGUGCGUGCGUGCGUGUGUUUUAAACAGUUGGCACCUUUGUAAUGACUGGAUGUCAGAAAUUGUAACACUUUGCGUCGAGUGUUAUGCCGUGGCACAGAAUCAGUUCAUCAGCUGCUUGUUCCUCAUUUCAUUAAUAAUGUCACAUUGACUGUGUUUACCUGACAAGCUUUGGUGUUGCAAUAUGAUAGUUUAGCACUGCUUUUAACAGUGGGUAUUUUAUAUUUUAUCACACCCUUUACUAUCUGUCUUCCUAUGAUGUGGAAAACAUAUCUAUCCCGCAGUGUGAGCUAACUGCAACAUGUUUAGAGAGUACAGCAAUACACCAUAUUUAGCUGGUUUUGUUGGCUUGCUGAUAUUUUGAUAUCGAUGUCUUUUAAAAAAAAAUGUAUGGCUUUUUUUCACUCCCCAACUUUUAUUUGUUUGCUUUGAAAAUGCUUUUUACAUAUAUUCUCUAAAGUUUAAAAAAAGAUUUUAAAAAAAGGUUGAAAAAUUUGUAGACCGGAAGGAACUUUGUAGGCCUAUGUGUCGGCAUACACUGUUAUUUUAUUCAUUUUGAUGAUGCACAGAAAUUGAUCUUUUUUCAGUACACAAUGACAAACACAUUGAGAGAGUCCUUUAUUAUUAUCUAUUCAAUAUGGGACAACAAGGCAUAUGUAUGUGUUUGUUUCUGUAUUUAGUGCACUUACUAUACCAUGAAAUAGGCUUGAAAUAGGAUGUUGUUGGAGCUUUCUAGUUACCUGGACCGUGUGAUGUGUGACUUUUGUACCUGGGGGAAACAGCAGGCUCAAAGCGUCUUCCCUUUUGUCAGCAAUGUUAUCUCCAAACCAAGGUUAAUCCUUACAAAUCCCCUUCAACAACCUGAGAAUUUUACCCUUUUUAUUUGGACAACAGUGGUUUAUUUUGUAUGCUACCUACUUCAAAAGCAGGAAGACGGUUUCCGCCCUUGUUGUUGGGGCCAUUGUGAUGAAACUGUUGAGAGUUUUAAGAGAUGAUGUUGUAGCUCAUAACUGCUUAUGGUAUAUAAAAUUAACAGGUGAAAUUAGAAAAAUAAUGCAUUAAAGAUUUCCAUAUCUGAAAUUAAGCUGUAUAGUAUCUAACAUGGAAGGCAUCCGUACCUCCUUUGAGUCUGAACUGUUACAAUUUUUCUCCAAAACUUGUUGUAUUACCUGUGCAUUAGUAUCCCUCAACUAAUUAAUAAAAGUUUGUUGACUAAA